AUGUAUGCGUCCCAAGUGCAACUACCUGAUAAUCAUGCCGAAGACGUCAUCUAUGCCCCUGACGAGAUCAUUACUAGUAAUGUGUUGAGUCAACGAGAUGACAGUUCCGACUGCUAUUUGGUGGAAAAAGACCGUAGUGAAAACGGAAAUAUUCGCCAUAAUCAAGCGGAUUCCGGUAUAGGAUUAUAA